UUCGGUACUCGCGUUCGAAAAUGUGGCUUGUGUUGUAUGUUUUUCUGGCCUUGCCGCUGCUGGUGGUCGCCUAUUUGGAGUUGACCACGUUCCGCCGGAGAAGAGUGCUGAACAAGCUCAAAGGCCCCAGCGGCCUGCCCCUCGUGGGAAACGCCCAUCAAAUGGGCAAGAAUCCCUCAGAAAUUCUCGACCAGGUUUUCGCCUGGUGGCAUCAGUUUGGCAGAGACAAUUUUGUCUUCUGGAUAGGCACAUAUUCCAAUGUGUUGGUCACUAGUUCCAAGUAUAUGGAGUUCAUACUCAGCAGUCAGACGCUGAUCACAAAGUCCGACAUUUAUCAACUAACCCAUCCUUGGUUGGGACUUGGUCUUUUGACCAGUACUGGCAGCAAAUGGCACAAGCACCGCAAGAUGAUCACCCCAGCCUUCCACUUCAACAUCCUGCAGGACUUCCAUGAGGUGAUGAACGAGAACUCAAACAAAUUCAUCAAUCACCUCAAGAAGGUGGCUGCCGGGGACAAUAUCUUCGACUUCCAGGAUCAGGCUCACUAUCUUACCUUGGACGUUAUAUGCGACACUGCCAUGGGUGUCUCCAUCAAUGCCAUGGAAAACCACACCUCCUCCAUUGUUCAGGCUUUUAAGGACAUGUGCUACAUAAUCAACAUGCGAGCCUUCCAUCCCCUGAAGCGCAAUGAGCUGCUGUACCGACUGGCCCCCGAUUACCCUGCCUACAGAAAGACUCUCAACACCCUUCAGGACUUUACCAACGACAUCAUCGAAAAGCGAAUUGCGGCCCACAAAUCGGGAGCACUGUCGACCAGCCAAGGUGAUGAGUUUACGCGCAAGAAAAUGGCAUUUUUGGAUACCCUGCUCUCGUCCACAAUCGAUGGUCGCCCCCUGACUUCCAAGGAGCUGUACGAAGAGGUCUCAACUUUCAUGUUCGAGGGACACGAUACCACCACUUCCGGAGUGGGCUUCGCAGUCUACUUGUUGUCCAGACAUCAAGACGAACAGCGCAAACUAUUUGAGGAGCAACGCGAGAUAAUGGGUGAUUCUGAAUUGGGACGCGAUGCAACCUACCAGGAAAUUUCUCAAAUGAAAUACUUGGAUCUGUUCAUCAAAGAGGCCCAGCGUGUUUAUCCCAGUGUACCCUUUAUUGGACGAUUUACGGACAAGGAUUAUGUGAUUGAUGGCGAUCUCGUGCCCAAGGGCACCACACUCAACUUGGGUCUCGUAGUACUGGGCUACAACGACAAAGUGUUCAAGGAUCCCCACAAAUUCCGACCAGAACGCUUUGAGCUGGAGAAACCAGGACCCUUUGAGUAUGUGCCCUUCAGUGCCGGUCCACGAAACUGUAUUGGCCAGAAGUUCGCUCUGCUGGAGAUCAAGACCGUGGUGUCGAAGAUCAUUCGCAAUUUCGAGGUGCUACCUGCCCUGGAUGAGCUUGUUUCUAAGGAUGGCUACAUAAAUACUACCCUGGGACUCCCUCCUGCUGAGAGGAAGAAGCGAGACGCCCAUCGCCACAAAUACGAUCCGAUUCUGUCCGCUGUGCUGACUCUGAAAUCUGAAAAUGGUCUGCAUCUUAGGAUGAAAGAGCGGCAGCCGUUUGAGAGAUUCCAAGUGCGAGAAGCUGAGAACUAUGUGCCGCGAUUCGUUGGAGUAUUAAAGCAGAGUGUCUCCCACCUUUCACUCAAUUCCGAUUCACUCGCUGCACCGAUCGGUUGUCUGCGGUCGCGUUCGAAAAUGUGGAUAAUACUGUGCGCUGUCAUUAGCCUUCCGCUGCUUUUGGUGGCCUAUUUCGAGUUCGGGUCACUGCGUCGAAAACGAAUGCUAAACAAGUUCCAGGGGCCAAGAAUGCUGCCCGUGGUGGGCAAUGCCCAUCAGAUGGGGAAGACUCCCACAGAAAUUUUAAACCGAUUUUUUGACUGGUGGCAUGAGUAUAACAAGGAUAAUUUUCGAUACUGGAUAGGCUUCUAUUCAAAUAUUAUGGUCACAAGUCCCAAGUACAUGGAAUUUAUACUCAGCAGCCAGACACUGAUAUCCAAGUCUGAUGUCUACGAUCUGACGCAUCCGUGGUUGGGACUUGGGCUUUUGACCAGUACUGGCAGCAAAUGGCACAAGCACCGCAAGAUGAUCACUCCUGCUUUCCACUUCAACAUCCUGCAGGACUUCCAUGAGGUGAUGAACGAAAACUCCAGCAAGUUCAUCGAUCACUUGAGGAAGGUGGCGGCAGGAGACAAUAUAUUUGAUUUCCAGGAGGAGACUCACUAUUUUACCUUGGAUGUUAUCUGCGACACUGCCAUGGGUGUGUCUAUAAAUGCCAUGGAAAACCGAAGCGCUUCCGUUGUGCAGGCCUUCAAGGACAUGUGCUACAACAUUAAGAUGAGAGCCUUUAAUCCGUGGAAGCGUAAUGAAACUCUCUACCGCUUGGCUCCUGAAUAUCCAGCCUAUAGAAGGACUCUAAGAACCCUGCAGGACUUCACCAAUGAGAUAAUUGCAAAGCGAAUUAAAGCUCGAAACUCAGUUGCUGAGUCCAACAGCCAAGAUGAUGAGUUCUCCCGCAAGAAGAUGGCCUUUCUGGAUACUCUAUUUUCGUCCACAGUGGAUGGACGUCCAUUGACUUCGCAAGAGCUUUAUGAAGAAGUUUCCACAUUUAUGUUCGAGGGGCACGACACAACUACAUCUGGAGUUGGGUUUGCAGUAUAUCUGCUCUCCAGACAUCAAGAUGAGCAGAAAAAAUUAUUUAACGAACAAUGCGAAGUGAUGGGUGAUUCUGGACUGAGUCGAGAUGCCACCUUCCAGGAAAUUUCCCAAAUGAAAUAUUUGGAUUUGUUCAUUAAGGAGGCCCAACGUCUUUAUCCGAGUGUGCCUUUCAUUGGUCGCUUUACGGAGAAAGAUUAUGUGAUUGAUGGCGACAUUGUGCCGAAAGGCACAACCUUAAACUUGGGUCUUCUGAUGCUAGGCUACAAUGAUAGUGUCUUCAAGGAUCCCCACAAAUUCCGACCAGAACGCUUUGAUCUGGAGAAACCUGGACCCUUUGAGUAUGUGCCCUUCAGUGCCGGUCCACGAAACUGUAUUGGCCAGAAGUUCGCUCUGCUGGAGAUCAAGACCGUGGUGUCGAAGAUCAUUCGCAACUUCGAGGUAUUGCCUGCUCUGGAUGAGCUAGUUUCCAAGGACGGUUAUGUAAGCACGACACUGGGUCUUCCUCCUGCGGAGAAGAAGAAGCGCGAUGCGCAUAUCCAUAAAUACGAUCCGGUUUUGUCGGCUGCAAUGACUCUGAAGUCUGAGAAUGGUCUACACCUGCGCAUGAAGCAGAGGCGUUAAAUGCUGCUCUUUGAGAUAAGUAAGCAGCACACUUUUAGGCACAUAACUAUUUUGAAUUUUGUUAAAUACAUGUAUAAUUUACAUUUUGUA